AGGUGGCGGCGUUCUUUCAUUUUAAACUUUAAUCUGAAAAUCCCUGACUUGGAGGAAACCGGAAGUCUCGUUGCUUCACUAUGAUCUCGGGCUGGCGGCGGGAUAGUUGUGUUGUUUAUUAGUGAGUUUUAAACAUAGACAGUAUAAGAACGGUUUUAAGAAGACAGAGCUCCAGGAGCCCUCAGCAGACGUCAAGCUGGCGACCGGAGCAGGAAAGAAGGGCAAGAAGGCCGAGGAGGAGGAGCAGCCUGCAGCACCUCCUGCAGCAGCAGUCACCGCCGCAGCAAUGGAGGAGGAAGAGGAGGAGUAUGUGGUGGAGAAGGUGUUGGACAGCAAAGUGGUGAAGGGAAGAGUAGAGUUUCUGCUGAAAUGGAAGGGGUUCUCAGAUGAGGAUAACACAUGGGAGCCGCAAGACAACCUGGAUUGCCCCGACCUUAUCACCGAGUACAUGAAGAAACACGAGGAGGAGGAGGAGGAGGAGAAGAAGGAGGGCAAGAGGAAAGUUGUCAGUGAGGCCUCUGGAGACUCAGAGGAGCGACGGAGCAAGAGGAAGAAGGAGGAGAUCAAUAAGCUCGAUGGUCUUUACCGAAACUUGGCUCAACAGAAAUCACACUGAUGAACUAGUGGCGGUGGAUGGAUUUAAAGCUCUUCGAGGGGACAGAACGGUGGAUUCGGGGAAGAGAGGAGGCGGCGGACUCAUGGUGUAUGUAAAUGAGGAAUAUUGUCAUCCAAAUAAUAUGUCCAUUAAGACACA